UGAACAAUUAGUCAUUAACACAUGCAGGCUGCAGGUCCUCACAUGUAAUUACAGCAGCUUUGCAAAUGUGUUGCUCCCAUAAAUGAUGAUUUAACUUAAGACAGACAGAUAUCUUGGACUUUUAACUAAAUAUUUUAAUGGUUUAUGUGCAAAAAAACUGAGAUAUAUUGAGAAAUAGUGACUUGUCAAGAGUCAGGUAGCUACUAAACAUGAUAGAAACGCAGUUAUACAAGUAUUCCUCCAGAGAAAAAUAUUAAUAAUCAAGUCUUCAGGCUCUACAGUUACACCUCACCGUGCAUCUAUUAUCUGUUAUCUAACAUCUUCUAUGGACUCCUGCAGAGCAACAGGGGACAAAGACCUGUUGGGGGUUGGGAGGACUGCUGGAGUCUGAAGCAGCAUGUGUUGGACGGAAAGGCGGGGACAGACAGCACUCUCUAAUCGUUACUAGAAAAAAAAAAAAAAGUAAUCGCGUUACUGCCACCAACUGACAGGACUCACUUGCAAACUGAUGCGCAUUGCUAUUGGACGCAGCGAGGGUUGGACUCCGGCACACCACCACCACCACCACCACCGCAUGUUAUUCCAACGCAGAGAGCGCAUCUGGCCAGUCGUUCCUCAUUGCGCACUGGAUAUGGAUCAGGACGCAGCGUGCCUUGUUGCUGUCUGUGGACAGGCUGCACUGUGCGGCGCAUAAAAAACAGAAAACAAACAACAACAAAAAAACCAAGGUGCCCAAAUGAACCGUCGCCCUCCUGGCUCCUCCGGCGUGCAAUGGCUUAACAGGAGAGACAUGAGUGUCCGGACGGAGGACAGCAUCACCUUGUGCCAAAGGGCUCUCCAAAUCGUUACGGAACUUUGUCUCACGGGACACGUAGACCGGGAGAAAUGUUCGGAUAUAUUUCCUCUGGAGAGCAACAUACCAGGUAAAGGACACGCAGACAUCUCUAUUAGUCUCCUUGCUGUGGUCGUGGGUUUCUGUGGCCUCGCCCUGUUGGUAGUCUCUCUCUUUGUGUUUUGGAAGCUGUGCUGGCCCAUUUGGAGGAGCAAGGCUCUGUCAGCCCACGUGGAAAAUGGUCUCCACGUGGGUUUCCCCGAGGCCCCUCCGCCCAACUCCCCGCCGGUUACCGAGUGCAAAGUGGCGGAGGUGGAGAAGAAGCAUCCGCCAGAAGUGAAGGUGAACGGACGGAGCACUGUCAAGCUCCUGGAGGCAGCCAUGAAGAUCAGCCAGACGUCUCCGGACAUCCCCGCCGAGGUGCAAACAGCCCUGAGGGAAAAGCUCUGCCAGCAGACUAAGCAGGCUAAGAUCCAGAGGCAGACCACUGAGCCGACAUCCUCCUCCAGGCACAAUUCAUUUCGGCGCCACCUGCCUCGUCAGAUGAAUGUCACCAGCGUUGACUUCAGCAUGGACACAGUGCCUCUCCGCCAGUCUUCUACAGCGAGCAUCGGAAGAAUAAAACCCGAACUCUACAAGCAGAAAUCUGUGGACUCAGAGGAUGAGGCCAAAGAGCCCGUGGAGACUUGCGGAAAGCUCAGCUUCUCGUUGCGCUACGACUACGAGGAGCAAGCGUUGGUGGUGAGAAUCCUCAAGGCCUUGGACCUGCCUGCCAAAGACUUCAUGGGCACGUCCGACCCUUACGUGAAGAUCUACCUGCUACCGGAGAGGAAGAAGAAGUACCAGACGCGCGUCCACCGCAAGAAUCUGAACCCCAUGUUUGACGAGACCUUCUGUUUCCCCGUGGCGUACGACGAGCUUUGCAACCGGAAGCUGCACUUCAGCGUCUACGACUUCGACCGCUUCACCAGCCACGACAUGAUUGGAGAGGUGGUGGUUGACAACCUCUUUGAACUCUCUGAUCUUUCCAGAGAGGCUGUAGUGUGGAAGGAUAUUCACGCAGCAACUACGGAGAGUGUUGACCUGGGAGAGAUCAUGUACUCGUUGUGCUACCUCCCCACAGCAGGGAGAAUGACCCUAACAGUCAUCAAAUGCAGAAACCUCAAAGCCAUGGACAUCACAGGCUCUUCAGAUCCGUACGUUAAGGUUUACCUGAUAUGUGAUGGACGGAGGUUGAAGAAGCGAAAAACCACCACCAAGAAAAGCACACUUAAUCCAGCGUACAACGAGGCCAUCAUCUUCGACAUUCCCCCGGAGAACGUGGAACAAGUCAGUCUGUCCAUCAUGGUGAUGGAUUAUGAUCGGGUUGGACACAAUGAGGUGAUCGGCGUGUGUCGCACCGGGCCAGAUGCUGAGGGCCUUGGACGAGAUCACUGGAACGAAAUGCUGGCUUACCCGCGGAAGCCCAUCACGCACUGGCACGCUCUGGGAGAGGAAAAUACAGUGGCCGGGAAGAGCAGCAAGCUUUGAGAGUCAAGGCUCGUGUCCUUCGCCCAAACCUCCGCAGACACCUUUAUGAUCACAGGUAGAGAUGACGCCACCUCUGUAAGAAACCAGAAACGUUUGUUUAGAAGUCGUCGUCGGGAAGUCGUGUUGCCUAUGAGUCUCUCGUGAGCAUGUGGUAUGAAAAAUUGAAUUCAUUCUGACAUGUUUCUCAUGUGUUGAUAUAAAAAAAAAAGUUUUUUCUUCAUUCAUUCAUUUAAACUCCAGUUCUUGAAGUGCUCUACAGAGCCGGCUAUGCACAGCACUCACUGUUUUCAUACGUCGGCUUCGAAAUGCUCUAAUGCUUUAUUUGCCAAACAUUUACACGGACCACAUGAAUGGUAGGCUUCACUGCGAGAAAUGUUCAAUGAUUGUCCCGCGACGGUAUCAACCUUUUCAACUAUUUUCUGGCCCCCAUGAGCUCUUUAGUGAGUUUUAGCAUUUCACACAAAGCUAAAAGGGCUACGCUGCUCAACGCCAUGAAAACCUUUGCUUGAUAAAAACAAAACAAAAAAGCCAAUAAAUCCACGUUUUGGCUGAAGAAUGCAGGUAACUGAGCAGACGUUUACAGACGUAGACAGGCGUUUAAGACUAACCAUUAACCAGCCAUCGUUACCUAUCAGAACAGAUUAAAGUCAACUGAUUUAGAGAAACUGUAGCAGAUACAUGUAGCACAUAACAUAUAUGUACAGAGGGGUAAACAACAGACAAACAGUGUGUUUAAAAAUAACUCUGAACCGUGGCCGUUCUACUCAAACCCCACCAGAAGCACCACGGUCCGUUUCAGAAGCAUCCCAUAUGGCUUUGUCUAUUUUUGACAGACGGCGCCAACAACCCGCACAAGACAAGUCAGACACAGAAACGGCAUAGAGAAUCUGGUAGAUUUUCAAAAUAAAACACAAACCUCUGAUCGUAAAAACAGGUAGCACGUAGUAUAUUUACAUAAUUUGAAGCACAUAAGCCUGUGGAAAAUGACCAAAUCUGAGCAAGUUAACAAAAUCUGGCGGGCAAAACGCUUCUGAAACGGGUUUGAAGUGCAGAAAAGCAUUUUAUUUUGCUUUAUUUGGGAGAAGUUACAGGUUAAAAACCAUCAACUCUGUAGUGUUACCCAUUGUGUAGAAGCUGGGGUACUAUAUAUAUCAAAGCUGUGUCCACGUCACCAACUCCAGCCAAACUUAUUAUCUUAGUUAGUCGUCAUCCUAAAACACUUUUCUCUUAUGAAGUUACUGUAAAACUAUAAAACAUGAAUCUAACACUGGUCUUGCUUGUCCAAUAUAUACUUAUUACUAUUUAUAGGUAUGCAAAACAGCUAAACAGGGUUAUGUUAGAAUGAAAUAGUGAAUGGACUGUCUGAUCUUGUCCUUGGCCUGGGACAUGUCCCUUCAGUGUCAGUCUUUCCGCACAAAAUCAUGAAACAAGUCAAAAUCGAAAGGCGUAGCAACAGUAACUAGGAGGAGGGGCUUAGCUAAUCUCAAACAGAUAGUAAUCGAAGUUCAACUCAGCCGUCACUAAUUCAGGGAAUUAAAAAAAUCCAUUAAACAAACUACACCGUCAACUCAAACGUUUGCAAAUGUUACGUACAUUUUAUUUUUUACAUUAAGCCAUAUGAAAUUCAGUUCAAUGCAUCUAAAAAAUAAGAACAGCUUCACAUCAUAUGUGAGUAAUAAGAAACUAAUAAGAAACCAACAUAGCAAAUAGAAAAAAAAAAGGCUAUGUACUGUUAACUUACUUGCACAUGCUUAUUUCCCCCUGCGCUGCCCUUAAUAUGAAAAAUAAAUAUUUUUACUGUAGCAUGCCUCUCACCACUUUAAAAAAAAAAAAAAAAACUACUGAGGGAAAAUGUAAGAAAUUAAUAGAGUAUUUCAAACUUUGUGUUUACAUUUGUAUAUAUACACUCAAUGGCACUGUUUGUAUAUAUUCAAAAGUGGAAUUUAAGAAGUCGUCGUAAACUUACGGAAAUAGAGACAUCACAAUGUAUUUCUAUCGUUUGGUGAUACUUUGAACAACUCAGACUUGUAAUUGAGUGAAAUUUCUACACAUUCUGUAAUAGUUGUGAACAAUUUAGUCCGACUGGGAGACCCAGUGAAGCCAACGCGACCUUAAUUAUUUUCAUGUUUAGGAGUUUUAGAGCUUUGAAGGUGUAAUCGUUUGCAUAUUGGUUUAAUCUAUAUUGAGCAAGAACAACUGCGAAUUGCUGUCAUGAUGUGUACAGUUUGUGAUAACUUUUGUAACAAUUUAAGUAUGAACAUUUGGAAUAUGAUUUAUUGUAUCUGUUUCAUAUGUAUUUUAACAAAAUAAAAAAUAAAAAUCAAGGGUCAAAGCGUGUCUCUCUGUCUCAGCAUACGCUGUAUGAUUUUAG